UACAAUGCAAAUAUCGACAUUUUGAGUGAUUUCGUCUUCUCUUGAUCCUUCCAGCGGCAAGAUCGGCUCGUUCUAUGAGCACUGUUCUCGCCGAAGAGCACGAAGAAUUCUCACUUCCCCCACCAAAGAUCAAAGACGUGUACAAAUCCAGCGAGAACACCCUAUGCGUCACCUUCUCCGACAACAGCAAAUGUCAGUUCAGCAGCACCUGGCUGCGGGACAGCUGCCGGUGCCAGGCGUGCGUCCAUCCACCGACGCAAGAAAAGCAGCUGAAUAGCGCCCAGAUAGACCCCAAGAUCCAACCGCUUUCCUGGGACGUCGAGAACAACGCUCAGCUUCUGGAGGUCUUCUGGCCCCAGUCGGCACGUAGACCACCGCAUGCCAGCACCUACUCGGCCGAAUGGCUCCAUCAGUUUUCCCAGCUUUUCCAGCCGAAGGAGCGAGAAGCAGAGCCCAGCCCCGUUAAAGUGGUGGCCGCCCCUGCUGCUUCCUCUGCCGAGCCCAUGGCUGUGCCGCAGCCGCAUGAUGACAUCAAGGACGAGGCUUACACGAACAAGAAGUCGUCCGUGAUCCUGUGGAAUCGUGAUGAGAUCGAGGAGAACCCCCCUGAAGUAGAGUACGAGGACUUUAUGGGCACACGAGCCGGUCUCAAAAAGAUGCUCAAGAACGUGUGCAAGUACGGCAUCUCCGUCCUCAAAGGAGUGCCCCUCCACGAGCUCGAGAUCAUCAGCGUAGCACGGCGCAUGGGCUACAUCCGAGAGACCGGCUACGGCUUGACCUUCGACGUGCGCUACAACGCCGACCCGAAGACGCACCUGUCUUACACGGGAGUCCCGUUCAGCCACCACACCGACCUGGCGUACCGGGAACGAGCCCCGGGCGUGCAACUACUGCACUGCCUCAAGGCUGCCGACCCGGCCACCAGCGGCCAGGAGGCCGGCGGCAAGUCUUUCUUCGUGGACGGCUUCUACGCGGCUCAGUGGUUACGCUACAACUACCCCGAGCACUUCAAGAUCCUCUCCACGACGCCGGUCAUCUUCUCAUUCCUGGACGCCGAGAGAGACAGGUGGUUCCGUGAAUCGUGGCCUGUGAUAAGCGUCGACUACAUGGGCAAGCUGAAAGACAUCCACUACAGCCCGUUCUCGAUGCGGCCGCCACUGCUGCCCCAAGACCAGGUGGCCACGUACUACGAGGCACUACGGCUGUUUGCGCAGCGCAUCGAGCAGAGCACGCUGCAGUACUCCUUCUACCUGAGCCCCGGCGAUCUCGUCGUGCUGAACAACCGAAGGAUCCUGCACGGAAGGACGAGCUACGACCCCACGAAAGUUGAGAGGCACCUGAAAGGCUGCUACAUGGACCUCGACGAGCUGAAGUCUCUUUACGAGAAAAUGCGGAAAGAUGACACUUUGUAAAUACGCAUCAAACUCAUCCGUGUACAUACAAGCGAAUCAUCAUCCUAGGCACCAUAUAAAAUAUUAUUACGUAGUGGGAUUGGUUCAAUAAAAAGAUACUUAUCCCCGGAA